AUGUCUGCAAAGCGAGAAAGCGAUGGCGCCGAGCCGAGUCCCAAGAGACAGAAAUUCAAGUUGAGGGGAGACCUCCGCAUCCUCCAAAAUGGAGACCAAAGUGGCCACUUCAACAAGAUAUUGAACACCGACAAGGUAUCGGGGAAGAAAGACAAAAGGAAAGUCAUUACUAUGGAACCACAUAGCGCAAAUGACAUCAAACUCGUCCUCGAAUUCAUUUACGGAGCUGGAAUGAUCGAGAUCGUCGAAUACCCUUCUACCGACCAGCCACUGAUUCAAAACUGCAUCCUACUCUACAACCUUGGCCAUGACUUCGAAAUUCCUGACCUCACGAAAUACGCCGAGAAACACUUGGGCUUCUAUUUAAGCCGGAAGUUGAAUGAGAUUUGCAUCUAUCCUUUCUCAGAGGCCGUGAAAGCCGUAGGCCGAAACAAAUUUAUCGAAGACUUCGAGGCCGGAAUCAACGAAGCUGAAAAGGUCUGCCUGGCGGACCGCAAGCUUCCAUUAUUCAUGCUCGUCGAUUUUGCCGUUGUUGGCAGGGACGUGCUCUUUCGUGACCCAACACUUCGUUGGGAUGUCAGCGAGGAUAGUCUACCCAGCAGCUUCGUGAAGGAGGUGUUUUUGGCCCAAUUCCGCGGGACUUAUCACACUACAUGGAUGAAGAAUCUAAUGGUCAAGCCUGAGAAGGAAAUCCAGAGGCGUCGGAAGUGCGUUGGCUGCGGAGAGGGUGUCUCCAAGGAGGACAGGGUCGUCUUCAAUCCGUGGUCUGGAGUGAGGUUCCCUCAGAGAUACCAACAGGUCUGCUGCGAGGAGUGUGCUCAGAGCAUGGACCAGGGACAGGGCGCUGGCGUUUCGUGGCGAGUUUUCGAUGACACUGAGGAGUAG